AUGUUGUAUGAUGAAAAAAUACUAUGUCCCAGUGUGGCCAUGAACUAUUGUUCAGAAGGCAGUAUUGACGCAAACAUAGCUGCUAUUGGAUACUACACCAUACCCGAAGACUCCUUCCCUAAAAUAGCACAAGUCAUUUGUCCACCAGGACACUACUGUACAUUAGGCAUUAAACAUAAAUGUCCCGCUGGUACUUAUGGAUCAAUUGAAGGAUUGAGCAAUGAGCAAUGUUCAGGAUUAUGUGAAGCUGGAUAUUAUUGUCCACCUGGAUCUAUAAAUGCAACAGCGAAUGAUUGUGGAAGUGUAGAUAAAUAUUGUCCUGAAGGAAGUGGAUCACCGAUUGAUGUGACAAAUCGAUCUGAACAAACGAUUUGUCCAAUUGGCAGUUAUUGUGUGAAUGGAGUAAAGAAUGAAUGUCCUGCUGGUACUUAUGGAUCAAUUGAAGGAUUGAGCAAUGAGCAAUGUUCAGGAUUAUGUGAAGCUGGAUAUUAUUGUUUAGCUGGAUCUACAAAUUCAACUGCAAAUGAUUGUGGAAGUGUAGAUAAAUAUUGUCCUGAAGGAAGUGGAUCACCGAUCGAUGUGAGUGAAGGAUAUUAUUCUGGACCUGAAUCAUCCAAUGAAGCAAAUCGAUCUGAACAAACGAUUUGUCCAAUUGGCAGUUAUUGCUCGAACGGAGUGAAGAAUGAAUGUCCUGCUGGUACUUAUGGAUCAAUUGAAGGAUUGAGCAAUGAGCAAUGUUCAGGAUUAUGUGAAGCUGGAUAUUAUUGUUUAGCUGGAUCUACAAAUUCAACUGCAAAUGAUUGUGGAAGUGUAGAUAAAUAUUGUCCUGAAGGAAGUGGAUCACCAAUUGAUAAUGAAUCAAAUCGAUCUGAACAAACGAUUUGUCCAAUUGGCAGUUAUUGCUCGAACGGAGUGAAGAAUGAAUGUCCUGCUGGUACUUAUGGAUCAAUUGAAGGAUUGAGCAAUGAGCAAUGUUCAGGAUUAUGUGAAGCUGGAUAUUAUUGUUUAGCUGGAUCUACAAAUUCAACUGCAAAUGAUUGUGGAAGUGUAGAUAAAUAUUGUCCUGAAGGAAGUGGAUCACCGAUCGAUAAUGAAUCAAAUCGAUCUGAACAAACGAUUUGUCCAAUUGGCAGUUAUUGCUCGAACGGAGUGAAGAAUGAAUGUCCUGCUGGUACUUAUGGAUCAAUUGAAGGAUUGAGCACUGAGCAAUGUUCAGGAUUAUGUGAAGCUGGAUAUUAUUGUUUAGCUGGAUCUACAAAUGCAACUGCAAAUGAUUGUGGAAGUGUAGAUAAAUAUUGUCCUGAAGGAAGUGGAUCACCAAUUGAUGUGAGUGAAGGAUAUUAUUCUGGACCUGAAACUGAGAAUGAAUCAAAUCGAUCUGAACAAACGAUUUGUCCAAUUGGCAGUUAUUGUGUGAACGGAGUAAAGAAUGAAUGUCCUGCUGGUACUUAUGGAUCAAUUGAAGGAUUGAGCAAUGAGCAAUGUUCAGGAUUAUGUGAAGCUGGAUAUUAUUGUUUAGCUGGAUCUACAAAUUCAACUGCAAAUGAUUGUGGAAGUGUAGAUAAAUAUUGUCCUGAAGGAAGUGGAUCACCGAUCGAUGUGAGUGAAGGAUAUUAUUCUGGACCUGAAUCAUCCAAUGAAGCAAAUCGAUCUGAACAAACGAUUUGUCCAAUUGGCAGUUAUUGCUCGAACGGAGUGAAGAAUGAAUGUCCUGCUGGUACUUAUGGAUCAAUUGAAGGAUUGACUACAAGUGAAUGUUCAGGAUUAUGUGAAGCUGGAUAUUAUUGUUUAGCUGGAUCUACAAAUUCAACUGCAAAUGAUUGUGGAAGUGUAGAUAAAUAUUGUCCUGAAGGAAGUGGAUCACCAAUUGAUAAUGAAUCAAAUCGAUCUGAACAAACGAUUUGUCCAAUUGGCAGUUAUUGCUCGAACGGAGUGAAGAAUGAAUGUCCUGCUGGUACUUAUGGAUCAAUUGAAGGAUUGAGCAAUGAGCAAUGUUCAGGAUUAUGUGAAGCUGGAUAUUAUUGUUUAGCUGGAUCUACAAAUUCAACUGCAAAUGAUUGUGGAAGUGUAGAUAAAUAUUGUCCUGAAGGAAGUGGAUCACCAAUUGAUGUGAGUGAAGGAUACUAUUCUGGACCUGAAUCAUCCAAUGAAGCAAAUCGAUCUGAACAAACGAUUUGUCCAAUUGGCAGUUAUUGUGUGAAUGGAGUAAAGAAUGAAUGUCCUGCUGGUACUUAUGGAUCAAUUGAAGGAUUGAGCAAUGAGCAAUGUUCAGGAUUAUGUGAAGCUGGAUAUUAUUGUUUAGCUGGAUCUACAAAUUCAACUGCAAAUGAUUGUGGAAGUGUAGAUAAAUAUUGUCCUGAAGGAAGUGGAUCACCAAUUGAUAAUGAAUCAAAUCGAUCUGAACAAACGAUUUGUCCAAUUGGCAGUUAUUGCUCGAACGGAGUAAAGAAUGAAUGUCCUGCUGGUACUUAUGGAUCAAUUGAAGGAUUGAGCAAUGAGCAAUGUUCAGGAUUAUGUGAAGCUGGAUAUUAUUGUCCACCUGGAUCUACAAAUUCAACUGCAAAUGAUUGUGGAAGUGUAGAUAAAUAUUGUCCUGAAGGAAGUGGAUCACCGAUCGAUGUGAGUGAAGGAUAUUAUUCUGGACCUGAAACUGAGAAUGAAUCAAAUCGAUCUGAACAAACGAUUUGUCCAAUUGGCAGUUAUUGUGUGAACGGAGUAAAGAAUGAAUGUCCUGCUGGUACUUAUGGAUCGAUUGAAGGAUUGAGCAAUGAGCAAUGUUCAGGAUUAUGUGAAGCUGGAUAUUAUUGUCCACCUGGAUCUACAAAUUCAACUGCAAAUGAUUGUGGAAGUGUAGAUAAGUAUUGUCCUGAAGGAAGUGGAUCACCGAUCGAUGUGAGUGAAGGAUAUUAUUCUGGACCUGAAUCAUCCAAUGAAGCAAAUCGAUCUGAACAAACAAUUUGUCCAAUUGGCAGUUAUUGCUCGAACGGAGUGAAGAAUGAAUGUCCCGCUGGUACUUAUGGAUCAAGUGAAGGAUUGAUCACAAGUGAAUGUUCAGGAUUAUGUGAAGCUGGAUAUUAUUGUUUAGCUGGAUCUACAAAUGCAACUGCAAAUGAUUGUGGAAGUGUAGAUAAAUAUUGUCCUGAAGGAAGUGGAUCACCAAUUGAUAAUGAAUCAAAUCGAUCUGAACAAACGAUUUGUCCAAUUGGCAGUUAUUGCUCGAACGGAGUGAAGAAUGAAUGUCCCGCUGGAUUAUGUGAAGCUGGAUAUUAUUGUUUAGCUGGAUCUACAAAUGCAACUGCAAAUGAUUGUGGAAGUGUAGAUAAAUAUUGUCCUGAAGGAAGUGGAUCACCAAUUGAUGUGAGUGAAGGAUAUUAUUCUGGACCUGAAUCAUCCAAUGAAUCAAAUCGAUCUGAACAAACGAUUUGUCCAAUUGGCAGUUAUUGCUCGAACGGAGUGAAGAAUGAAUGUCCCGCUGGUACUUAUGGAUCAAUUGAAGGAUUGACUACAAGUGAAUGUUCAGGAUUAUGUGAAGCUGGAUAUUAUUGUUUAGCUGGAUCUACAAAUUCAACUGCAAAUGAUUGUGGAAGUGUAGAUAAAUAUUGUCCUGAAGGAAGAUACUAUUCUGGACCUGAAUCAUCCAAUGAAUCAAAUCGAUCUGAACAAACGAUUUGUCCAAUUGGCAGUUAUUGCUCGAACGGAGUGAAGAAUGAAUGUCCCGCUGGUACUUAUGGAUCAAGUGAAGGAUUGAGCAAUGAGCAAUAUUCAGGAUUAUGUGAAGCUGGAUAUUAUUGUUUAGCUGGAUCUACAAAUGCAACUGCAAAUGAUUGUGGAAGUGUAGAUAAAUAUUGUCCUGAAGGAAGUGGAUCACCAAUUGAUGUGAGUGAAGGAUAUUAUUCUGGACCUGAAUCAUCCAAUGAAUCAAAUCGAUCUGAACAAACGAUUUGUCCAAUUGGCAGUUAUUGCUCGAACGGAGUGAAGAAUGAAUGUCCUGCUGGAUUAUGUGAAGCUGGAUAUUAUUGUUUAGCUGGAUCUACAAAUUCAACUGCAAAUGAUUGUGGAAGUGUAGAUAAAUAUUGUCCUGAAGGAAGUGGAUCACCAAUUGAUAAUGAAUCAAAUCGAUCUGAACAAACGAUUUGUCCAAUUGGCAGUUAUUGCUCGAACGGAGUGAAGAAUGAAUGUCCCGCUGGUACUUAUGGAUCAAUUGAAGGAUUGAGCAAUGAACAAUGUUCAGGAUUAUGUGAAGCUGGAUAUUAUUGUUUAGCUGGAUCUACAAAUGCAACUGCAAAUGAUUGUGGAAGUGUAGAUAAAUAUUGUCCUGAAGGAAGUGGAUCACCAAUUGAUGUGAGUGAAGGAUAUUAUUCUGGACCUGAAACUGAGAAUGAAUCAAAUCGAUCUGAACAAACGAUUUGUCCAAUUGGCAGUUAUUGUGUGAAUGGAGUGAAGAAUGAAUGUCCUGCUGGUACUUAUGGAUCAAUUGAAGGAUUGAGCAAUGAGCAAUGUUCAGGAUUAUGUGAAGCUGGAUAUUAUUGUUUAGCUGGAUCUACAAAUUCAACUGCAAAUGAUUGUGGAAGUGUAGAUAAAUAUUGUCCUGAAGGAAGUGGAUCACCGAUCGAUGUGACAAAUCGAUCUGAACAAACGAUUUGUCCAAUUGGCAGUUAUUGCUCGAACGGAGUGAAGAAUGAAUGUCCUGCUGGUACUUAUGGAUCAAUUGAAGGAUUGAGCAAUGAGCAAUGUUCAGGAUUAUGUGAAGCUGGAUAUUAUUGUUUAGCUGGAUCUACAAAUUCAACUGCAAAUGAUUGUGGAAGUGUAGAUAAAUAUUGUCCUGAAGGAAGUGGAUCACCAAUUGAUGUGAGUGAAGGAUACUAUUCUGGACCUGAAUCAUCCAAUGAAGCAAAUCGAUCUGAACAAACGAUUUGUCCAAUUGGCAGUUAUUGUGUGAAUGGAGUGAAGAAUGAAUGUCCUGCUGGUACUUAUGGAUCGAUUGAAGGAUUGAGCACUGAACAAUGUUCAGGAUUAUGUGAAGCUGGAUACUAUUGUCCACCUGGAUCUACAAAUGCAACUGCAAAUGAUUGUGGAAGUGUAGAUAAAUAUUGUCCUGAAGGAAGUGGAUCACCGAUUGAUGUGAGUGAAGGAUAUUAUUCUGGACCUGAAUCAUCCAAUGAAUCAAAUCGAUCUGAACAAACGAUUUGUCCAAUUGGCAGUUAUUGUGUGAAUGGAGUGAAGAAUGAAUGUCCUGCUGGUACUUAUGGAUCAACUGAAGGAUUGACCACCAGUCAAUGUUCAGGAUUAUGUGAAGCUGGAUACUAUUGUUUAGCUGGAUCUACAAAUGCAACUGCAAAUGAUUGUGGAAGUGUAGAUAAAUACUGUCCUGAAGGAAGUGGAUCACCGAUUGAUGUGAGUGAAGGAUAUUAUUCUGGACCUGAAUCUGAGAAUGAAGCAAAUCGAUCUGAACAAACGAUUUGUCCAAUUGGCAGUUAUUGUGUGAAUGGAGUGAAGAAUGAAUGUCCUGCUGGUACUUAUGGAUCGAUUGAAGGAUUGAGCAAUGAACAAUGUUCAGGAUUAUGUGAAGCUGGAUACUAUUGUCCACCUGGAUCUACAAAUGCAACUGCAAAUGAUUGUGGAAGUGUAGAUAAAUAUUGUCCUGAAGGAAGUGGAUCACCAAUUGAUGUGAGUGAAGGAUAUUAUUCUGGACCUGAAUCUGAGAAUGAAUCAAAUCGAUCUGAACAAACGAUUUGUCCAAUUGGCAGUUAUUGUGUGAAUGGAGUGAAGAAUGAAUGUCCUGCUGGUACUUAUGGAUCGAUUGAAGGAUUGACUACAAGUGAAUGUUCAGGAUUAUGUGAAGCUGGAUAUUAUUGUCCACCUGGAUCUACAAAUGCAACUGCAAAUGAUUGUGGAAGUGUAGAUAAAUACUGUCCUGAAGGAAGUGGAUCACCAAUCGAUGUGAGUGAAGGAUAUUAUUCUGGACCUGAAUCAUCCAAUGAAUCAAAUCGAUCUGAACAAACGAUUUGUCCAAUUGGCAGUUAUUGUGUGAACGGAGUGAAGAAUGAAUGUCCUGCUGGUACUUAUGGAUCGAUUGAAGGAUUGAGCAAUGAACAAUGUUCAGGAUUAUGUGAAGCUGGAUACUAUUGUUUAGCUGGAUCUACAAAUGCAACUGCAAAUGAUUGUGGAAGUGUAAAUAAGUAUUGUCCUGAAGGAAGUGGAUCACCAAUCGAUGUGAGUGAAGGAUAUUAUUCUGGACCUGAAUCUGAGAAUGAAUCAAAUCGAUCUGAACAAACGAUUUGUCCAAUUGGCAGUUAUUGUGUGAAUGGAGUGAAGAAUGAAUGUCCUGCUGGAUUAUGUGAAGCUGGAUACUAUUGUUUAGCUGGAUCUACAAAUGCAACUGCAAAUGAUUGUGGAAGUGUAGAUAAAUACUGUCCUGAAGGAAGUGGAUCACCAAUCGAUGUGAGUGAAGGAUAUUAUUCUGGACCUGAAUCAUCCAAUGAAUCAAAUCGAUCUGAACAAACGAUUUGUCCAAUUGGCAGUUAUUGUGUGAAUGGAGUAAAGAAUGAAUGUCCUGCUGGUACUUAUGGAUCGAUUGAAGGAUUGACUACAAGUGAAUGUUCAGGAUUAUGUGAAGCUGGAUACUAUUGUUUAGCUGGAUCUACAAAUGCAACUGCAAAUGAUUGUGGAAGUGUAGAUAAAUACUGUCCUGAAGGAAGUGGAUCACCGAUUGAUGUGACAAAUCGAUCUGAACAAACGAUUUGUCCAAUUGGCAGUUAUUGUGUGAACGGAGUGAAGAAUGAAUGUCCUGCUGGUACUUAUGGAUCGAUUGAAGGAUUGAGCAAUGAACAAUGUUCAGGAUUAUGUGAAGCUGGAUACUAUUGUUUAGCUGGAUCUACAAAUGCAACUGCAAAUGAUUGUGGAAGUGUAGAUAAAUAUUGUCCUGAAGGAAGUGGAUCACCGAUUGAUAAUGAAGCAAAUCGAUCUGAACAAACGAUUUGUCCAAUUGGCAGUUAUUGUGUGAAUGGAGUGAAGAAUGAAUGUCCUGCUGGUACUUAUGGAUCGAUUGAAGGAUUGAGCAAUGAACAAUGUUCAGGAUUAUGUGAAGCUGGAUAUUAUUGUUUAGCUGGAUCUACAAAUGCAACUGCAAAUGAUUGUGGAAGUGUAGAUAAAUAUUGUCCUGAAGGAAGUGGAUCACCAAUUGAUGUGAGUGAAGGAUACUAUUCUGGACCUGAAUCUGAGAAUGAAUCAAAUCGAUCUGAACAAACGAUUUGUCCAAUUGGCAGUUAUUGUGUGAAUGGAGUAAAGAAUGAAUGUCCUGCUGGUACUUAUGGAUCAAUUGAAGGAUUGACUACAAGUGAAUGUUCAGGAUUAUGUGAAGCUGGAUAUUAUUGUUUAGCUGGAUCUACAAAUGCAACUGCAAAUGAUUGUGGAAGUGUAGAUAAAUAUUGUCCUGAAGGAAGUGGAUCACCAAUUGAUAAUGAAUCAAAUCGAUCUGAACAAACGAUUUGUCCAAUUGGCAGUUAUUGUGUGAAUGGAGUAAAGAAUGAAUGUCCUGCUGGUACUUAUGGAUCAAUUGAAGGAUUGAGCAAUGAGCAAUGUUCAGGAUUAUGUGAAGCUGGAUAUUAUUGUUUAGCUGGAUCUACAAAUUCAACUGCAAAUGAUUGUGGAAGUGUAGAUAAAUAUUGUCCUGAAGGAAGUGGAUCACCGAUCGAUGUGAGUGAAGGAUACUAUUCUGGACCUGAAUCAUCCAAUGAAUCAAAUCGAUCUGAACAAACGAUUUGUCCAAUUGGCAGUUAUUGCUCGAACGGAGUGAAGAAUGAAUGUCCCGCUGGUACUUAUGGAUCAAUUGAAGGAUUGACUACAAGUGAAUGUUCAGGAUUAUGUGAAGCUGGAUAUUAUUGUUUAGCUGGAUCUACAAAUUCAACUGCAAAUGAUUGUGGAAGUGUAGAUAAAUAUUGUCCUGAAGGAAGUGGAUCACCAAUUGAUAAUGAAUCAAAUCGAUCUGAACAAACGAUUUGUCCAAUUGGCAGUUAUUGCUCGAACGGAGUGAAGAAUGAAUGUCCCGCUGGUACUUAUGGAUCAAGUGAAGGAUUGAGCAAUGAGCAAUGUUCAGGAUUAUGUGAAGCUGGAUAUUAUUGUUUAGCUGGAUCUACAAAUUCAACUGCAAAUGAUUGUGGAAGUGUAGAUAAAUAUUGUCCUGAAGGAAGAUAUUAUUCUGGACCUGAAUCAUCCAAUGAAUCAAAUCGAUCUGAACAAACGAUUUGUCCAAUUGGCAGUUAUUGCUCGAACGGAGUGAAGAAUGAAUGUCCCGCUGGUACUUAUGGAUCAAUUGAAGGAUUGAGCAAUGAGCAAUGUUCAGGAUUAUGUGAAGCUGGAUAUUAUUGUUUAGCUGGAUCUACAAAUGCAACUGCAAAUGAUUGUGGAAGUGUAGAUAAAUAUUGUCCUGAAGGAAGUGGAUCACCGAUUGAUGUGAGUGAAGGAUAUUAUUCUGGACCUGAAUCAUCCAAUGAAUCAAAUCGAUCUGAACAAACGAUUUGUCCAAUUGGCAGUUAUUGUGUGAAUGGAGUGAAGAAUGAAUGUCCUGCUGGUACUUAUGGAUCAAUUGAAGGAUUGAGCAAUGAACAAUGUUCAGGAUUAUGUGAAGCUGGAUACUAUUGUUUAGCUGGAUCUACAAAUGCAACUGCAAAUGAUUGUGGAAGUGUAGAUAAAUACUGUCCUGAAGGAAGUGGAUCACCAAUCGAUGUGAGUGAAGGAUAUUAUUCUGGACCUGAAUCUGAGAAUGAAGCAAAUCGAUCUGAACAAACGAUUUGUCCAAUUGGCAGUUAUUGUGUGAAUGGAGUGAAGAAUGAAUGUCCUGCUGGUACUUAUGGAUCGAUUGAAGGAUUGAGCAAUGAACAAUGUUCAGGAUUAUGUGAAGCUGGAUACUAUUGUCCACCUGGAUCUACAAAUGCAACUGCAAAUGAUUGUGGAAGUGUAGAUAAAUAUUGUCCUGAAGGAAGUGGAUCACCAAUUGAUGUGAGUGAAGGAUAUUAUUCUGGACCUGAAUCAUCCAAUGAAUCAAAUCGAUCUGAACAAACGAUUUGUCCAAUUGGCAGUUAUUGCUCGAACGGAGUGAAGAAUGAAUGUCCUGCUGGUACUUAUGGAUCGAUUGAAGGAUUGAGCAAUGAACAAUGUUCAGGAUUAUGUGAAGCUGGAUACUAUUGUUUAGCUGGAUCUACAAAUGCAACUGCAAAUGAUUGUGGAAGUGUAGAUAAAUAUUGUCCUGAAGGAAGUGGAUCACCGAUUGAUGUGAGUGAAGGAUAUUAUUCUGGACCUGAAUCUGAGAAUGAAUCAAAUCGAUCUGAACAAACGAUUUGUCCAAUUGGCAGUUAUUGUGUGAAUGGAGUGAAGAAUGAAUGUCCUGCUGGUACUUAUGGAUCAAUUGAAGGAUUGAGCAAUGAACAAUGUUCAGGAUUAUGUGAAGCUGGAUACUAUUGUUUAGCUGGAUCUACAAAUGCAACUGCAAAUGAUUGUGGAAGUGUAGAUAAAUAUUGUCCUGAAGGAAGUGGAUCACCGAUUGAUAAUGAAGCAAAUCGAUCUGAACAAACGAUUUGUCCAAUUGGCAGUUAUUGCUCGAACGGAGUGAAGAAUGAAUGUCCCGCUGGUACUUAUGGAUCAAGUGAAGGAUUGAGCAAUGAGCAAUGUUCAGGAUUAUGUGAAGCUGGAUAUUAUUGUCCACCUGGAUCUACAAAUUCAACUGCAAAUGAUUGUGGAAGUGUAGAUAAAUAUUGUCCUGAAGGAAGUGGAUCACCAAUUGAUGUGAGUGAAGGAUAUUAUUCUGGACCUGAAUCAUCCAAUGAAUCAAAUCGAUCUGAACAAACGAUUUGUCCAAUUGGCAGUUAUUGCUCGAACGGAGUGAAGAAUGAAUGUCCCGCUGGUACUUAUGGAUCAAUUGAAGGAUUGACUACAAGUGAAUGUUCAGGAUUAUGUGAAGCUGGAUAUUAUUGUUUAGCUGGAUCUACAAAUGCAACUGCAAAUGAUUGUGGAAGUGUAGAUAAAUAUUGUCCUGAAGGAAGUGAAUCACCAAUCGAUGUGCCUGAUGGUUUGUGCAGUUACCCGUUUGACGUACCAGUAUCUAAUAGAUUUGAUUUGUACACUCCGACUGUUUGGGAAAUUUGUAUCGAUGGAAUGUAUUUUGUAAUGGGUGUUAUUGUGAUCGUAGAUUGUACAACCGUGUACUGUUUGAGAAUGAGUUAG